CGGGAGCCCUACGCCGAGUCCAUUCCAUCCCCUUGCGAUUCGUUGCGGAAGACUUUGUUGUUCGCAUCGGCGGAAGAAGAACCGGCCGUCGGUUAACCACGUCAGACGGAGAGUGCGCGCGAUGAGGGGCAUGGCGACCAUGGCGUGUGCGCUCCUCAUUGCCGCGGCGGCCAUGUCGGCAGUGGGCGCCGCUCGACGGAAUGAGGACUGCGAUCUGUAUGGCAUGAACUGCGAGGGCCCGCCGGACACCAAAGGUGGGAGAUCUUUGGAGAUCUAUGCCACACAAAGCACCGCUCGGGGCUAUGGCUCACGCUUGGCUGGCCUUCAUGUGUGUGUGUGAAUGUGUGUGUGCAGGUGAGUCGUUUCUGAGCCGUAGUGAGGAGAUCUCCGAACUGCAGACCGAUGAUACCGAGGAAGACACUGAGGAAGGUGUGCAGGGCAAUGGGAUGGAUGGAUGGGGUCUGCGUGGGUGUGCCUGUGUGUGAUCAGGAGAGCUGUCAGCAACGCAUGGCGUGUCCAGCAAGCAGCGGAUGUUUUCACUCGCGCAGCAGAAGAUGCAGCAGGCCAAGAACAUGGUCAAGGCGUCCAGCAAGAUGACCGCUGACGCCCUCAAAGCCGUCCACACCAUCCAGCAGCAGCUCGUCAAUAAGGCCACAACCGGUGGUACGUGUGGAUGGAUGGAUGGAUAGAUGGAUGGAUGGAUUGACAUCCCACUGAAGUGUCUGUCUGUCUGUCUGUGUGUGUGCAGAGACCUGCAAGGUCUGCACGAAGACCGGCUUCGGCAGAGAUCCCUGCACCGUCACUGACUACAAGCUGUGCAACAAGGGCGGCAUCUGUGUGCUGGAAGCGAGCAGCGGCGCUAAGUGCUCUCACGGCAAGUGCCUCUACGACACCGGCAGCACUGUGUCGCUGUUCUGCAUGCCCGACACCCUCCGCUACAAGUACGGCACUCAGGACGGCAGCCCCUGGAGCAAAGGCAAGCCCGAGGAUAACUGGCCGUACUGCGAGAAGAAAGUACUCAAAGCUUUAAGAAAGGCCGAUUGACUGUGUGCCUGUUGGAUGCUGGAUGCUGGAUGUGUGUGUGUGUGUGCAGAUCCAGGCGAAAUACGUCGCGCCGCUAUAUAAGUAGACGCCUGGACAGACUCACACUGAUAGCUAACAGACUGGUAGACAGAGGGAGGGGGGGCAGGGCACCUACCUGCUGGGGGAGAGAGAAAGAGAGAGAUCGUCCAUCCAUCCACACACACAUUGAUAGCUAAGGGGCAUGGGAACAUAUGUAUGGGUGGAUUGGCUGUCUGCCUGACUUGCUCAUGGCUGUGAUUUGUGGCGGCUUGGCCUGGUCGAUAUAUGUGCAGCUGACUUCCUUUGUCUCCCUCUCUCUCUGCCUGCUGUUUGCAAGGGGGUCACAUUUCGUGUGUGGGGUGGGCAUCUUCGGCCAUUCGUCGGCUCGCCAAGGCCCCCUCCCGCACACGAAGUGCCACCCUCUUCUGUCUGUCUGAGUGGAUUAGCUGACAUGAUGUGGUGUGUUAUGCCGUAUGGCCGUCUGUCCGCCGUCUGUCCGCCGUCUGUGUGUGCGCAAGAGCAACACAAAGGGACACCACUGGUAGGUGUAAGUAAAUAUCUGAAGGCGAACGAAGUCCCG